GGGGGGGGCACUUCAGCCAGCCAACACUGGCUUUCAUCUGGCUAGAAGGAGCAAAGCAGCUCUGAAAAACCACCAGGCUCUGAGGUCCUUACGACAGGAAAACUGUUCUCUCCUGAGGCGCAGAGAAACUCUCUUCAGAGUAGCCCUACCGGCUCAGGACUCCGGUUGGAUAAAACCCAUCCCAGAGGACGAUGGCUACCUAUGCCCUGCAGAUUGCCGGACUGGUGCUUGGAGGUGUUGGCAUGGUGGGCACGCUGGCUGUCACCAUCAUGCCUCAGUGGAGAGUGUCUGCCUUCAUCGGAAGCAACAUUGUGGUUUUUGAAAACUUCUGGGAAGGACUGUGGAUGAAUUGCGUGAGGCAAGCUAACAUCAGGAUGCAGUGCAAAGUCUACGAUUCCCUGCUGGCUCUCUCUCCGGACCUACAGGCAUCCAGAGGGCUGAUGUGUGCUGCCUCUGUGCUGUCCUUCCUGGCUUUCAUGACCGCUGUCCUGGGCAUGAAAUGCACCAGAUGCACUGGGGACGACGAGAAGGUAAAGAGUCACAUCUUACUAACGGCUGGGAUCAUCUUCAUCGUCACGGGUGUCCUGGUGCUCAUCCCGGUGAGCUGGGUGGCCAACUCCAUCAUCAGAGAGUUCUACAGCCCGAUAGUGGAGACUGCCCAAAAGCACGAGCUGGGAGAUGCUCUCUACAUAGGCUGGACCACUGCGCUGGCGCUGAUCGCUGGAGGGGCACUCUUCUGCUGUGUUUCCUGUUACGGUGAAAAGAGCAGAAGCUACAGAUACUCUGUCCCUGCCCAUCGCACAACCCAGAAGAGCUAUCACAUGGAAAAGAAGUCACCGAGUGUGUAUUCCAGAAGUCAGUAUGUGUAGUCGGGUCUAGUUUUUAACUUUACUGAUAAAGCCAUGCAAAUGACUGAUAUGCCCACUGUUUUCUGAAACUGGAACCCAAAGGGACAUUGAUUUGCCGUUCUUAACUGCCUAACAUUAAUUACAGGAACUGUGCAUUGUCUAUUUACGAUUCUAUAAGCUACUUCAGCAGAAUGAGAUAUUACACACAGUCCUUUGAUUGUUCUAGGAAGUGCUGUCAUGUGUUUUCUAAAAUGAUUCACUCAUCUUUUCCUUUCACCGGUUACUUCAAAAUGACAUUGGUAAAGACUGUAUCAUUUUACAGCCGUGAUUGCUCUAUGACACAGCAUGAUGCAUGUAGAUCAGCAUGAUGUUUAUAUCUCACAUAAAUAGAGACAGGCUUACAGGGUUCUCUUUUAAAUGAAAUACGGAUUCAAUACACUGAGUAAAAAAAG